AUGAAACUAAAAGAUAGUGACAAAAUUACAGAGCCAACACUAAACACAAUACCCAGUAAUUUUGGUGUUGAAAUGGGCCUGGAGCGAAUAGAGAGAACCCCCACCUUCACGCCCCGGAUGAGAGAAGAUGCGAGCACCAAAGAACUGCACCCAAAAAAAGAAAGCAGAGUUAAGAGAAUCAUUGGGUGUCUUUUCAUUACAGCAGCUGUUUCUGCCUAUUUCGUCUUCACGUUCAAAUAUCCAAACGUAUUUCCUACCAGAGAGUCUCUUCUAUGCUGCAUUAUCGCGUGCAUAGCAAGCGUCUUUUGGUCUCUCCACAUUCUUCCCUUGGAUGCCACUUCGAUUCUUCUUAUUCCCGUGAUUAUUUUGUCGAAUAUAAUGGUGUCCAAUGAGAGCGGAUUUUUUGAAGGAGUGUUCAGCGGACUGCUUAUCCUAGCCCAGAUCAUAGUGUCGCCUGUUCUGCUGCUUCUAAUGGGCAGCUGUCUUCUUUCCAUCUAUUUUCAAAAUAAUAACGGAGAUAGGCUUAUUCUUCCGUAUCUGAUGGUUGGAGGGGACAUAUACUCAGAUCUUUUCAGGAGCAUGUUUUUGGCUCUGGUGCUUUCCUCUGUGAUGUCAAACAUCACUGCGCCCAUCAUCAUCACUUCGAUUCUCCAGAAUACAUCCAAAGAGCCAACGCCUGCGAUUCUGAUGGGCAUAGCAAUGGCAUCAAAUAUAGGCGGCAUGGUUCUUCCCAUCAGCAGCCCGCAGUCGAUACUUGGAUCGAGCAUUAUGGGCCUCUCCUGGGCGCACUGGCUCUGGAUUUCAGUUCCAACUGCAGGCGUAUGUUUUCUGUUUGUGUACGCUUUGAUUAUUUUUUACUUUCCAGUGAAAGAGUCUCCAAAAGAGCCCAGCGAAAUUGUCAUAGCACACAGCAACAGAGGCACAAACACCAAGCUGCUAGUUGCCACUAUUUUUUCCAUUGUGUGCUGGUCAAUACCCUCCAUAUACCCAAAGAUAAAGUGGAUAUACGGCCUUCCCGUGUGCGCUCUUUUAAUGACAAAAAACUCGAGCAGGGUGUGGAACAGAAAGACUCUGGAAAUUAUUUCGAUAGCUGUCGCAGGGACUGCAAUAGGAAAGGGCAUUGAAAGAACAAAAAUGCUAGAGGGAAUGAUAUCAGGGUUUAUUAUCGAAAGCAAAGAAAAGAGUCUGCUCUUUUUAGUUGUUGCCUCCUCUUUCAUCAUGCUGACGGUCUCCUGCAUGGUGUGCCACACUGUAAGCGCGAUAGUUUUGCUUCCUAUUUUUGAAAAGAUAGGACUGUACAUAGGAAGAGAAAGGAUCAUCGUGGGAAUAGCCUCUCUUGCAUGCUCCUGCGGAAUGGCUCUUCCUUCCAGCGGAUUCCCAAAUAUUCUAUCAAGCUCGUUCAAGACAAAGAGUGGAAGCCGGCUGAUCAGCACAAAGUCGUUCAUUACAGUGGGAACUGUCUCUACAAUGGGAUGCUGGGUGUUUAUUCUGACGGUGUCUCUUCUAUUUAUGCUGCUGGCAAAGUUUUAA